AUUGCAUGGGCCGAGGCCCUGCAGGAGGUUGUUGCGGUCCUCGAGCUGAGACUAGACGAGGCGGAAGCAGAGCUGGAGGAAGCGAAAAUGGCGAACGAAAUCCUCAGGGAGACGCCAAGGGCGUCGCCCCCAACAACCCCGAUCGCCGGAAGGGCCAACGGCUCCACAUCGCUCAAGUCACUGGUCGACCAGCUGCAGGCAUCCAAAAUUCAGGAGGCCAGGCGACAUGACAAAGAAAAAUCGAUCCAGCAUGAACUUGCUCAAGCAAGAGAAGAGGCUGCCCAAUAUGGUGACGAAGUGCAGCGGGUGAAGGAGGAAAAUGCCCGGUUGCGAGCGGAACUGCAGGUGGAAAAAUCGCACACACAGCAGAUGAUCGCCCAGACCUCGGAGUUGCAGAGCCUCUGGGGCGAAUACACAACAAGUCAGCAGCUGCUGGAGCAACAACUUCAAGAGAUGACACGCAGGGAGGCAGAAGAAAGGGCACGUGUUGAGGAACUGGAGAGUCUCUUGAGCGAGACUAAUGCCUCUCCAACUGACGAUGACAAGGUCCAGUGGCUGGAGCAGGCAGUUGCCGAUGCCCAGGCAACAGCCAUUGAGGAACGCAACCAGGCUGCAAAACUAUGCGAUGAGAAUCAAGCCCUUCAUUUGGAACUUAAAAAGAUGCAGCAACUGCUGCAGACAACAAAUGGUGCCAGUCCAUCUACAGGAGUGGACUUGUCGUCUGGCUACAACACAGAGAGGGCCAGUCUUGGAGGCGAGACCUCGAAGCACAUGAGGGACACUUGUUCCACGCUGGUGGAGUUGAGGGAUCUGGUUCUGAGGAUGGCAGAGCACCAGAAUUCAUCGCAAAGCCCCAUCGCUGUGGCUCUUGGCUCUGCACAUGCACGAGGCCUCCAAGACUACGGGAAAGGAACAGUUCCACGUGAGCUACUGGCACACAGUGUAAAGACAAUCAACACAACUGUUGACCAGCUUGCACAUUUGAUUGGAUGCGAGGGCCUGGGGUCAGUGAACAUGAGACACAAGCACAGCCACAGUCUGUCCAAUGGCAUGUCCUCUUCCAGACUCAGUGACGUUUGGGGCACGUAA